CACAGCCAGUUCCUCUGCUGAACUUUGUGUCCGCCUCGUCAAGUUUAAACCUCUCAGCUGGAUCGUAAUGCUGCACCAUUUUAAAGGGAAGAGUCUUUUCUGGGAGAAGAGUUUGCCACUACAUGGAUCUCCCAAAGAAUAGAUAAAAAUGUUCUUUUUUUCCUUGUCUGGCUGAGAUAAGAAUCAAUUUUAAUACAAGACUUUAGUGCAUUCACAAGAGCAAAAUUCAACAUAUAUAAGACAAAAAAAAUAUCAGUCAAAGAAAAUGAAAACCUUCAAAUGUGGUGUGCUCAUGAGGUGGAGGACAAAGAAGUUUUUUAGUGGAUGUGUUUCCUGGCCUGUGGGACUUUGCCUCUUCUUUCUCAUGGAAGUUACACAAAAAUUUGGAAACAGCAGAUGGGAAAAGUGUGCCGGGAUCACGGUGGCCUUGUUCUCCAAACCUGUGAUUUUACUGACUUGUUUGGUGAUGCAGGAUAGCUGAGUUUUCCGGGUAAAUGUGGAGAAGGCUCCAGGAUGGGAUGUUGAAUCUAUUCAGUCAGUAGAAAAAGAUUGAACGUGUCUUUAAAUGUGUGUUGCAGCUGCUGAAGGCCCUCAAUCAUUCCCGUUUGUUCAGGACCCGUUUCCAGAUGAACACGUAUCAGUGGAAAAGACAGAUUCGGACGAGGAGAAACCCAUUCCAGCUGAGAAUGCAGCUCCAUGUCCAAACAAACCUCUGACCACCGUCUGCCAUUUUCCAGAGGAACCUGCUUUGGUUUCGUCCACAGGAAUGUUUGAGGCAAACGGGGGUGUUGCUCUAGGAGAGAGUGAGCUUUCAGAACGACCUGCUUCUGCAGAACCAAACCAUGUGGCUUCAGCUUCAACACAGGAAGCUUCAGAAGACGGAAAAAUACAGAUAAAUGUCAAGUUUGAUGAACCUGACUUGGAUUUGGAGGAAGAAGAAGACAAAUUCCCUAAUGUGUUUUUGGAAAUCAAUGAGGGAAAACCAGAGGAGGAUCCAGAUCCAUCAGAACCUGUGAUCCCUGAGGAAGACCUCACUGCUGAUCAAGACGCUCUGCCAAUCCAAACAGAAGCUAACUUUGUUGAUUCAGAGAACGAGAAGGUGCGUCACAUGGAACUGGCUGCAGAAGAAGAAUCACCGGAAAAGGCAGCCAAGAUAGGUCCUGUUUCCACUGGCCUGGAGGUGAACGCAGAGGACCAAACCCCUGGACGUCCUCUGCAAACAGAAGAAGAAAAUCAAGAGUUUGAUGCAGAUCUUUCUGCAGAAGUGGUCCCUCUUUUCAAUGUUUCUAAGGCGGCAAGUCUAGAAGACCCUUCUCCAGCAGAUGUUGUCGUCAAAGUUCCCAUGGAGGACGCAGAUGAAAAGGAGGACAGUGUUGCAGCUAAAGAGGACUCUGACAAAGAAAGCCCAUCCACUGCAGCAGCAGAUGCAGCUGCAUCUGAAGCUGAUAGUAUUUAUGUGGCAGUACAGAGCAGCAAUCAGCUGCACAGACGGGAUUUUAAAGCUCCAGUUUCAUCAGUGCGAGGUGAAUCACAGGCCCAGGUGAACAGAGGAGCCAUAAUAGGGGCAGCGCUCAUCACCCUGGUAUCCUUCAUUCUCAUCGGAUUUGUUGGGAUAAAGAUAUCAAAGAAACUACGGUGAAGACGUGUGUGAAGGUAGAAGCUUCACCGGAUCGGAUUUUUUUCUCUCCAACUUCUGGGAAGUAUGAAGCAGCAUAUAUGUGGGAUUUUCCAUAGAUUGACAGCAGUGGAAAUGGAGUGGGGGGGGGGGGGGGUUGUCAUCCACUUGAAGAAUCUGACGUCCAAAAUUGAGUCCGUCUUUAAAGCAUGAGCACCAUUUUUCUGCAAAUAUUCAACCUGGCAUUGAUGCACUCUGCAUGAAAUGUAUGUACAGUAGUUAUGAACUUAAAAAGGGCUUCAUGAGACUUAUGAAUUCACCAAUUUAUGCUUUAUAUGAAGAUUUCUGAGAAAUGUCAAUAUUGGUUUCAUAAUUCAAGGGGACUUUUUUUUGGUAUAUUAGCUCACUUUUCACUUUUUGAAGCCAUGAAUGUUGGAUUUGGGGACAGUAUGUACACCUUUACAUGCACACGCUUGCCCCACAUGUUUCGCAUGUUGUGUAUGAGCAUGUGGGCGUAUCGCCUUACGUCCUCUUCUAGGCGGCGCGAGGCGGAGAGGACCGCAGCUGUGUCAGUCACACUCUGGUAUGUUUUAGCACCAGCUCGGCCUGUGCGCAGGAAAUAUUUGAGGGAGGUGAGAGGACGCCGUGUUCCAAAUAAAGUUGUAAAAGUGUUUAACUUCA